AUGCCUAGAGAUCGGCCUUUUCGCAUGCCCGGCGGCCGUGGCCGUGGCGGUGGUGGCGGCGGCGGCGACAUCACGGUGCACGUUGAAUAUCUGGCGCGCAGCCUGAUGCAGAAGCAGGAGGGCAUGGCGGCGGAGGAGCAGCACCGGUCCAUGGCGACCAGCCACCCGCUGUCCCGCGUCCCCGUCCACCUCCGCGACAACAACGCCAACUAUUACACGCCGGGGUUCGUCGCCAUCGGCCCGCUCCACAACCGCGAGGAUCGGCGCCUCCGCCCCGCCGAGCGGCUCAAGGUGGCGUACCUCAACAGCCUCAUCUCGCGGGGCCACCCCGACCCGGCGCACCACCUCACCAUCAUCCAGAAGUACAUCCGCGUCGUCGCCGCCCGCUAG